GGUGUUGGUCACUGUGGGGAAACAAUAUUUCUCAAACCUGCAUGUCUCUGGUCUGUGGGAAGGAGCCCCUGGAAUACCCACAAAGAAAAUUGUUUUGACAGGUUCGAAACUUUGAACUCGGCACCAACUUGGUGUCAUGCGAUAGUGACAACCACUGAACCACUGAAGCACCGUGCCGCUUUUUCUUUUUUUAAGCCUAAAAACUUAAAAAGCAAAAACGAACGAACAAACACGGUCAGUUUCUGGAACGGUCAGAGGAAAUCAGACAUUUUCCACCCAAUUCCAACUGGGAAACUCCCGGCGUCCGAGUCGUCGGGAACGCAGCACCACAGUGCACAGGAAACAUGGCGGAUGAUGGAGAGUCGCUGGAGUCCUGGCUUAACAAAGCCACUUGCCCUUCCAACAGACAGGACGACUGGGAGUAUAUAAUGGGAUUCUGUGACCAGAUCAACAAGGAGCUGGAAGGCCCGCAAAUAUCCGUUCGACUGCUGGCUCACAAGGUCCAGUCCCCUCAGGAAUGGGAGGCGAUCCAAGCAUUAACGGUUCUUGAGGCUUGUAUGAAGAACUGUGGGCCAAGGUUUCACAACGAAGUUGGGAAGUUUAGGUUUUUAAAUGAAUUAAUUAAGGUGGUUUCACCCAAGUACCUCGGGGACAAAGUGUCAGAAAAGGUGAAGUCGAAAGUGGUCGAGCUGCUGUACAGCUGGACCGUGUCUCUUCCAGACGAAGCAAAGAUCUGUGAAGCGUAUCAGAUGCUGAAGUCUCAGGGCAUCGUUUCAACCGACCCAGAAAUUCCGCUUGAUGUCACAUUGAUACCGUCGUCUUCUCUGCGGCCCAAGAAUCCCGUGUUUGAUGACGAGAAGAAGAGUAAGAGAUUAUCCGAGCUGCUCAAAAGCAAAAAGCCUGAAGAUCUGCAAGAGGCCAAUCGGCUCAUCAAGAACAUGGUCAAGGAGGAUGAGGUGAGAACACAGAAAGUGACAAAGCAAAAAAGCACACUGGAGGCGGUCAACAACAGCGUCAGACUCCUUAAUGAGAUGAUCGCUCACUUCAGCCCAGAAGACUCCACGGAUGGCGACAAGGAGCUCAUUAGGGAUUUGUAUGGUGAUUGUGACAAGCUCAGACAAACAGUGUCUCAGCUUGCUACAGAGACUGAGGACAAUGACAGCAGCUUGGGAGACAUCCUGCAGGCCAGCGAUGACCUGUCUCAUGUCAUUAAUUCCUACAAGAAGAUUGUGAAAAGACAGACCUUCAAUGGAGAAACUGAAGAAGCACAAAAUACACAAACGUCAGUCAAACAAGGUGCUGGCAGCACAAACCAGUCAGAGAUUCUGAUUGACCUUGUGGGUCUGGAUGUCCACACUCCCUCUCCACCAGACAUACAACCUCCAACAUCUUCUCGGUCUUUUCCUGCAGACCUGCUGUGUGGGUCUGCUGCAGCUGACCCUCAGUCACUGAGCCCCAGGGCACCCUGUGCAGCUCUCUCUCUGCUGGAUGAAGAGCUGCUAUCCUUAGGCCUCAAUGAACCUGCUCCUGUUGAUCCCUGUCAGGAUUGGCAUCUUUUUAAUACUACUUCACCCUCGGCUCCUACAUUAUCUACAUAUCCACUCUUUCAAGAUGCCCCUUCUGCUACUAUCAGCCCAUUUAGCCCUAUCAAGUCUUCUACAACUGCCACUACCUUAAGCUUCCCUGGUCCUGUCUUGCCGACACCUCCGGUUUUUACAGAAUCUCUCUCAACAACAUCAGCCAUAUUCCCGCAGCCCCUCAGUUCAGAAUUGAGCACCUUAGCCCCCACUGUUCUUCCUCAAUCAUUCAGCAUGGCCUUGCCUGCUCCCUCAGCCACCCCUGUCAUUCCACAACAGUUCUCCUCUUCACUGAGAGCUUCACACUCUCUUUCAACCUCUCUCAGUAACAAUCUGCAAGACCUUGCCUUGCUGGAUCUGGGCAGUCCAAAAAAUACACCUGGUGUGAUGGACUUUGGCAACUUGCUGAUCAACAGUGAGGAUCUGUGCGCUCCUGCUACCCCGUCUUCCAGUCUGGUUGUCUCCUCCGCCACAUCCACUUCACUGCUCAUAGGAGAAAUGCAAGGAGGCUCCGCUCCCCCACCUGCCAAGUGUCAGGCGGAUGACAGCCCCCUGUUACGCUCUUUGUCCCCCAUCCUCCCUCUGAGCCUGGCCGGUCCAGGCGGGGGACAGGAAGUGUCCCUGGCCAAUGUCUUUGUCCCUUUGGAUGCCAUCAAGCCAAGUAAAGUGUGUCCUGUGACAGCAUAUGACAAAAAUGGUGUCCGUGUUCUGCUGCAUUUUGCCAGUGAUUGUCCACCAGGCAGGCCGGAUGUGUUGGUGAUGGUGGCGUCCAUGCUUAACACAGCCCCCCAACCUGUGAGGAGCGUUGUUCUGCAGGCAGCUGUACCCAAGACGAUGAAAGUGAGACUGCAGCCACCAUCAGGGACAGAGCUGACUCCUUUUAAUCCAGUCUUUCCCCCAGCUGCCAUCACCCAGGUCAUGUUGCUUGCCAAUCCUCUCAAGGAGAAGGUUCGGUUGAGAUACAAGCUGACGUUCACAUUGGGAGAGCAGCCGCUCACAGAGGUGGGGGAGGUGAAUGAAUUCCCUCCUGCUGACAGAUGGGGGGCUCUAUAGCCCCGCCUAUCCCUGUAGGAUUGGCCGGACACUACAAGACUCAAUUUACAAAUGAGCUUGUCAUUGCAGCUCAGACGUCAAAAGAAAUGGUAUUGGAAGGGGGGGGGAGUUUUUUAAAAAGUAUUUGGAAGAAUAUGAUAUUAACUUUAAUUGAGCUUGAAGGAGUUUUUCUGCUUAAGAUGUUUCCUCUGAAGUAGCCAAAGUCCUGUAGCAUACAUCUGACUUCGACUUUACUAUAGUGCCAGAGGUAGUCAACGUGGUGCAAUAAGAAAAAGUGUGAACUGGCCGAACAUGGAUAAUGGUUAUGUGGGAAAAUAUUGCUAAGUUAGUAUCACGUUGUUACUAUUAUCAUACCAUUUUGUUCUCAUUUUAACGUUGAUGUGUACUCCUGUCCCUCAGUCAUAUCAGAACUGAAUGGAGAGUACUUUGACAUCUGGGUCCCCAGACAGUCUUAAUAUAGAGCAACACACAUCAUGAAGGAAAUUGCGAAGCCAGGGUCACAUGAACAUGUGACCACAACUUGCAUUUUCACAUGAUUUGCUGCUGACAAUGUGGGACAACUAUGUUUUACGCUGAAGACAUUGGACUAGAGCAGACAAGAGCCCCUCUGUUGCUAAUUAAAGGGCACCGACCGAUUUGGCUCAUUAGAUACAGUUACUCUCAAUCCAAUGCUUCCAGUGUGGCUCGCAAUUACUACUGAAUACUUGUCUUCUGAGUUGUCUACCAACUCAUAGAUCAGACUAGUUUUUUAUCAGUAUUUAUUGUUACAAAUCUAUUAUUUAUUUUGUUUAGGGAGGAAGGUAUCAGAUCAGAUCUUACAGUAUGAUGUUGCAAUUGACAGCUGUAUUCCUCCUGCACACUCCUCUUGAUGAUGGAUGCUUUCUGUACUGCCGUAAAAACAUCCAGAGGGACGUUCUCUAAUAUGUUACAUUAUAUAGAAAAUGUGGUUUGAGAUCUGGAUGGUGUUUUAUUACGCAAGGUGAUCCCUGUUAGAUACAACAGCAGCCUUGUGCUAGAGAUUUUUGCUCCUUUUCUUUGGCAGGAACAACAUGAUCUCUCAAGGGCAAAGAUGUUCUACAUUGAUUGGAUGAUUAACCCCUGGACACAGAAAGGCAUAUUGUUUGAAGUUAAUCAAAUGCUAUGCAUAACUUUACCUGUACCCCUGCUCUUAUACCAUGUUGUGGAAACCAAGAUGACAGAUUUUCUUGGGUCAAUUGUAAAUCGUAUAGUUUGUGGGAAUUUCCUCUAUCAAACUAGAAAAAAAAUUAUUUGAGUAAGCCUUGAGAAAAUAUACAAAUAGUUUAAAAACAUGGUUGUGGUUCAUUCAAAGCACUAGGCUUACUUUGUGUUUAUCUAAAACCUGCUUUAUUGUUGUCUAUCUGGGGCUAUUAGUGCUAUAAAAGAGAUUCUCUACAUAUUUCUUAUAGUUAUUUAUCUGUCAUAAAUUGUUAAAUGAACUUGUCAUUACAUAUUUUUUUGAAAAGCUAUUUCUGUGCAUGGAAAAAUAAAUAAGAUGAGUCUAUUUGUAUUACAAUUUUCACA